UACAGUAAUGGCGUAUAGCAAUAGUUUUGCUACAAUUCAUAGUGACACAAUAUACCAUAACGCUGGUUGACUUUCUUAAGUUUUGCAAGGGCGACAUCUGCCCACGUUUAGGAGCACUUGCAAUAUUGAUUAUAAUACUUUAUAACUACAUAGGGUCAGUAGCUUUUAUUCAACUGGCGAUUAGGACCUUUAGCUCUCACAAACUUCUAUGUAGGGGCAUGCCGUGGCCUGGUGCUAUUAUUGAAUUCCUCUGACUGCUAUACGCGAAGGCUCGAGUUGGAUAGGGUAAAAGCUACCGCUACUUGCAACCGUUUGAGCAAGACUGGGCUGCAGCAGCUCCCAACCUACGUUGGAGCACACAUUAUUUAACUUUGGAACCUACUUACCACGCAAGCGGUUGCUCGGGAGCUGUCGCAGGCUGGAGUGGCAUGUCAGCUGACAUCUUGCAGCAACUCGCUGCGGCCACUGGGAUGCAAGACGGCCCUGGCAAGAAGAGCACCGGCGUCAAGGAUGAACCGGCCCGCGUGCUACUUGUCACGACAGUGGACGUCGGCGGCGGGGCCAGCGAGCGCAUAGAGGUGCGCGCGGGCGAGAACCCCGAGGACGUUGCUCGCGCCUUCUGCCAGCAGCACCACCUGCCGGACGCCAUCAUCGCCCCGCUGGCGGCGCACUUGGACGAGAACCUGCGCAAGGCGGCACUCAGCCGCAUGCAGCAGGCAACCGCACAGCCUCAGGAUGCACGCACACCGCAGUCAGGUCCGGACGCCACCGACCCUGCCGCCUCAGGAAUGCUCGCACCACCCCAACAUUCCAAAUCGCCCCAACGACCCGGUCAAGUCGCAACAGCUCCUCCCUGUUCCGGCGGCGCCGCGCCUCCCAAACAACCGCAGUACAGCUUCGGCACGGGCAUGGACGACCGGCUGUACGAGCAGCUAUCGUCCAAGCUGCUGGACGAGUCGCAGGCGCCCUCGGCUCGCCGCGGUAACUGGGUGAGCGCCUCGGAGGUGCUCAGCGGUGCAGCAGGUCCGGGUGGCGGCGGCGGCAGCAAUGGCGGGGCGGGCAGCGGCAUGAACAGCAAGCGCAGCUCGGGGGGCGUCAGCAACUUUGGCGGGCAGCAAGGGGGAUACGGCCGGCUUACUACCUCGGCGGCGCCCAGCCCAAGGUACGGCGACGCCAGGAACAGGGACAGCGUGCACAUGCGGCUGUACGCCACCGCGCAGGAGCGCGCGGCGCGGCAGGAGGAGCGGCGGCGCAUGGCGAACGCGGAGCAGGUGGCGGCCAUCGCAGCCAGCAGGUCGUCCAUGUCGUGGAUCAGCGCGGAGAUGAUGCGGGGCCGUGGAGCGGGCGGCGCAUUUGACAACUAUGGCGAGAUGCUGUACGCGGAGGGGGUCGAGUCGCUCAUGAACCGGCUCAAGAGGGCCCAGCUGGAGCGCAAGCAGCGCGAGGAUCAGGAGCUGGAGGGCGUCACCUUUGCGCCCGCCAUCACCAAGAAGGCUUGGGAGCUGAAGCAGCGCGAGCGCACCAGCUGCAGCGGCUCCAUGGACGGCAUGUCGGCGGAGGACUACGAGAAGUGGCAGCGACUGCACCUGCGCGGCAUGAGCAAGUGCACACAGGAGCGACUAGAGCAGCCCAACAAGCAAGACAACAUCUGUCAGAACCGCCAACAUGAAUAACGUAUCAAAAGCAAGUGCUUUGGCAAAUCUUAAGGCUCGGAGACAACAAGCUACUGCAGCUGGAGCCGGUAGCGAAAGCCCUGAACCUGCUCCGGGCUUCUCCCCUGCAAGCUCGACAAAGACCGCAGCCACAGAGGCUGCACUCCCAAACCCCGCAACUGCUUCAGCCCAAGUGUCCCAGCCUCAGCCCCAGCCACUUCCCGAGGCCCCGCUGCCCACCCGCGCUGUGGAAUCGUUCGCCUGGCUCUGCGAUGUAUGCCAGCGCGAGUGCGUGCCGGUGCGCAGCGAGUCGCGCUGCCUGUGCGGCCACCGCCUGCGCGAGCACGAGCCCGCCAGCUCCGCGGCACCCUCCAGGUGCAAGUCCGCGAAGUGCGGGUGUCGCGGCUUCUUCUACAUCGUGGCGGAGGGGUCCUGGGUGCUGAGGUGCAGGUGCAAGCACAAGCACGUGGAGCACGACGCCGCCAGCCGCGCCUGCGCCAAGGCGGGGUGCCGCUGCGGCGCCUUCGACAGCCCCUGGGUGUGCAACUGCGACCACCCCUGGGGGCAGCACUCGCAGCGGGUGGUGACUAAGCAGGUGGUGAGCGUGCGAGACAUGAUGGGCGGCCUGUCACUGGGGGGCGAGGUAAUGGAGCUGGGCGGCGGCGGGCCCGCGCGCGAGGUAAACGACUACGAUGCGCUCAAGAGGGGCGACUUCGGACUGCAACAGCAGGUUUAGGCAAUGUGGCAGAUACAGCAUACAUGGAAGGUAUG